AUGACGGAAGUCGCAUUUGCAAGGACAUUUUUGUCCUCGCUUGACUCUCGUCCCGUCAAGCUAUCCCCCGAUCAUGUCGAGGACCCCAAGAACUUUCCGGCGCGGCCACCGUACAUCCUCCCCCGCAUGCCGCAGGCCAUGAGCCAGCCCAAGAGCCUCGCCCCCGGCCAGGAACGCAGCAUCACCGUCACGCUCAAGUCUCUGCGAAACCCGCCCCUCGACAUCAAGCUGACGUCGCAGCCCCUCGCGACGUCGCUCCUCGAUAUCAAGAACGCCGUUUCCAGCCAGACGAGGAUACCGGUCGACAAGAUGAAGAUUCUUUACAACAAGAGACCCUUGACGGAUAGCAAGAUUCUGAAGGAGGUUGUUGGGGAAAACGACAAGGCGGUAGAGUUCUCGGUGAUGGUGAUUGGAGGUUCAGCAGCCAUCCCGCCUGAGCAGCCUGCGACCACUGCGCCCGCCGAGGCGACGGGAACUGCAGCAGUGGAGACGGACGCCUUCUGGGCCGAUCUCAAGGGCUAUCUGAUGCAGCGGUUAAAGGAUCAGGCGGCGGCCGAGGAGCUGUCGCGCCUGUUCAAGUCGAGUUGGGAGUCGAGCAAGUCGGCGCCAUAA